AUGCUUCUCUUCUUCUUCUUCUUUCUCCUCCUCUUCUUUGUCUUCCUCCUACUGUUCUUCUUCUUCCUCCUCUUCUUCUUUCUCUUUCUUCUCCUCUUUUUCUUUCUCUUCCCCUUCCUCCUCCUCCUCUUCUUUGUCUUCCUCUUUCUCCACCUCUUCUUCUUCCUUUUUUCUUUUCUUUUCUUUCUUUCUUUCUUUCUUUCUUUCUUUCUUUUACUGACAUAUUCCUGCUACAAUUCUUCUUUCUCCCAACCAUUAUUUUUGCUUUUGUUUGUUUCUUCCUUUCUUUUAGAAAUCUUUUCUUUUUAUACUUUUCUUUCUUUCUUUCUUUCUUUCUUUCUUUCUUUCUUUCUUUCCGCUUCUUCUUCUGUCAACCUUGUUUCUUUUGCUCUUACACUUUCCUCUCUCCUUCCUUUCUUGAUCUCCUUUCUCAAAUUCCUCUCUCUUAUUUCUUUCUUCACACUCUCGUUUCUCUUUUCUUUCUCCCGCCUUUCUAUCUCCUUUUCCUCCCCUUCUCUUUUUUUCACACUCAUCCUCUACUCUCCUUCCUUUCUCCUUCACAUUUCUCCUUCAACCCCCUCCUUUUGUAUCUCUCCUUUCUGUAUCGCCCUCCUGUUCCCUUCUUUUUUGUUUCUCUCUCCUUUUUUUGUUAUUUAA